CAGACUGAAAACGCUUUGGGGGGCUCCCAAGAAUAAAAUUAGCCACUUAUGUCUCAGUAAUGGAGCAUAUAAACCAACAAAUCCGAGCUGGGAUGUCAGCUCAAACGUCGGUGGAAGGCGUGACUGCUACCACCGGCGGGCACGGGGGGGAGAGAUCCUCUCUGCGUGUCGCCAGCGGUCACACCUCUGAUGCGGCGGGAGCAGGCCGAAUCAGUUGUAACAACACUGCCACCAAAAAUUCGAGGUUGGUGCGCGCGGGUGCUGUGGUCUUAACCGACACGGAAUAAAAAAGCGCUGCGCCAAUUUCUACGGUGGAGGGGGAACGUCUUCCUCUUCAGUCACCCCUGCCUAUCGCCAGCACCUCCAAGAUUGCGCAGCGGGGCACGGGGGGCUGGAGGAGAAGGCCAAAAAUAAGGCGGCGACCCGUAUUCGCGCAAGGUUUAGUGGGGUAGCUAACCUGUCCGUCAAGGACCAGGAGACGCUUGCCUGGGCCAACACGUGGAUGCGGGAAAACCAACUUAGCUCCCUUCCAAAAGACACUAAUGUGCAGACCGGUUCUACCGGCCCUGCCAACAACAAGGUGGAGUCCAUGGCAAACAAGCGCCAACGGUCCGCUGAGAGUCCCAAGCAAGGGGCCCCAGUGAGCAAGAGGCUGCGAGCACCUGGCUCCACCAACACGGACAAGACGAGACAGAGAGUAACGGUUGCUGAAACUGCCAGGCGGCAUCUCGCCGUUGCUCUCAUAGACAGAGGGGACCCUAACGGGAAAAUGUCUGCAGAGCGGUGGCGGUUGACCCAUAGUAAGCUGGUCAACGCACGGUUUGUCAGGAUGGAGAAUGUCCCAGACAGUCCAAUGCCUACAUUCGAAGGCACUGGCUGGAUGAAUGGUGUCAAGAUCCUGACAUGCAAGGACGUUCCAACAUUGCAGUGGCUGCAAGCGACCGUACCCAAACUGGACGUAGUGGACAGGAAUAACAUUCCGUCCAUGCCGAAGGCGAAAGUCCUUUUCCCCAUAGCUGUGCAGGGCGAGCGGGCGCUUCAGCUGCUUAAAAAGCAGAACCCGGCCAUACCGACGAGUGAUUGGUCCGUGCUGAAGGUUGAUGAACCUUUACCCAGUGGUGGGCAGCACGUGAUCAUUCAGAUCAAUAAGGAGGCCGAGGAUCUGCUAUAUAAACGCAAAGGGAAGAUGGCGUGGGGCUUAGGGGAGCGUGUACCUUCGCCUCAAAAAACGUCAUCCCAACGACAAGAACACACACACGCUGAGGUCAGGGGAGGUUGAGGCAGAUCUCGGUCUUGAGAGCGUGACCGACGCCACCCAGCACCUCAGCUUGACUGACAAUACGGAGGAGGUGGGGGAGGAACUGUCCAUGCAGACGGGCCCCCCGCGAGUUUGCUAACCUCUAAUGAGUGUGCUGCAACUCAACCUCCAUAAAUCCAAAACGGCAUCGGCGGAGCUACUCCUUGCCCGGGAGGAAGUGUCCGCCUACGCGGCUUUAGUCCAAGAACCGUGGAUAGCGUCGGGCAACACGGUUGCUGGGCUAAAGUCGCUUAACUAUGAUCUGUACGUCCCGACAUUGCAAUGACGAUCUUACCGUGGUGGUGCUGGAGAGCCGUGAUGGAUGUUUGCUGCUGGCAUCCUGCUACAUGGCCCACGACAUGCCGGCUCCACCUGACGAGCUGCGGAGGCUGGUGGAAGUCCCGACAUUAACGACAGGGGUGAGUCAGUUCUUGAUUUGAUCCUUAACAAUAAGCUUAGACUAGCCAACAGAGGUGAGGUAUCUACCUAUGUAGGUCCCACCUCUAGUAAUGUGCUGGACUUAACGAUUGCGACUGAGUGUACCAAUGUAGAAGAGUGGAGGGUCCUGGAUAGACCCUCCUUCUCGGAUCACAAGUUCAUUCAAUUCACCAUUCCUUUUAACAGGGUACCUGCGGCUCAGCCGUUCAGAAAUCCCCGUAACACGAACUGGGCGAAAUUCUCUAGCCUUGCUUCCAAGUCUCUUAGUCGGCCGGGUAACAUCAACUCGGUACAGGACCUAGAAACUACUGUCAAUGUCCUCUCAGCAGGACUACU